GUCGCCGUUGCUGGUUAGUGGUUACUCCUGUCGCCGGUUAAACGUGGUUCGUUGUGUUCCGUCAGCGGUAACGUGCCCGCGACCGCGCGCGUGUGUGUGUGUGUUUACUUUGUUAUUACCGUGUUCACGUUUGCCGAUCCGAAUAAUACUAAUUAAUAUUGCGAAAAAAUUAAUUAUAAAAAAAAUGACGUUUCGAUUUUUCGCGGGCGACGACGGAUAGUGAAUGAUUUUUUAAAUUUUAAAAAAGAAAACAAAUUAAUAUAAUAAAUAUAUAUUAUAAGUGAUUUUUUAUGAAUUAAUAGUUUUCGACGGUUGUGCUCAUCGCUAUAUAAAAUUAUAGGUAUUGUCUUACUUGGAUACUUGAACGAUGACCCGUUGGAAAAUCGGCGGCGCGAGCCCCGGCAUUUGGCUGUUGCUGUCGGCCGCGUUGUUGUUCGUCGGUGUUAAAGGUCAAUACAGAAAGCCUCGGAUCACGGAACACCCGACCGACAUGACUGUGCCCAAAAACGAACCCAUCACUUUGGGCUGCAAAGCCGAGGGCAGGCCCGAACCGACCAUAGAGUGGUACAAGGACGGCGAGCUGUUGAAGAUCCCCCCGAACGGGGCCGCUGCCGGCGCGGGCGGAGACAGCGGCUCCAGGUCGCAGAAGGUCAUCCUGUCGGACGGUUCCUUGUUCUUCCUGAGGGUGGCGCACAACAAGAAGGAGCAGGACAGCGGGGUGUAUUGGUGCGUGGCCAGAAACGUGGCGGGCACCGAGAUCAGCCGGAACGCAACGUUACAAGUAGCAGUUUUGAAAGACGAAUUCCGGAUCGAACCCAAAGACACCAAAGUGGCCCAAGGACAGACGGCCCUGAUGGAGUGCAGCCCCCCCAAAGGACAUCCGGACCCGGUGGUCGUGUGGAAGAAAGACGGAGAAGACGUGCACAUUGAAUCGUCGGCGAGGAUGCGAAUCGUGGACGGAGGCAAUCUGAUGAUAACGGACGUCCAGCAAGACGACGGUGGAGAAUAUCUUUGUGUCGCACAGAAUAUCGUAGCCAUGCGAGAGAGCACUCCGGCCAGACUCACCGUAAACGUGAAACCUUUCAUGAACGCCGAGCCCAAAGACGUUACCGUGCACACGGGUCAGACGGCCGAGUUCGAGUGCAAAGUCGGCGGAGACCCCAAACCGAACAUUUACUGGGAACGGGAAGGCAGCAAAAUGCCGUUCGGACGCGCCCAGAUUUUGGACAACAAAUCGCUGAGAAUCAUCAACGUGAUGCCCCAAGACGAGGGACUGUACGUUUGCAACGCCGAGAACGACGUGGGAACCGAGAAGGCCAAAGCCUCGUUGACCGUCCACUCACCGCCGACGUUUGCGACCAAACCCAAAGACCAAAAGGUCGGACUCAACGGCAUCGCCACCUUUGACUGCGCUGCACAAGGUAACCCGCCGCCUUCGGUGUUCUGGACUCGAGAAGGAUCGCAGGUGCUCAUGUUUCCCGGGAACGCAUACGGACAUUUCCACGUGACCCAAGAAGGGACUUUGCGCAUACAGGGCGCACAGAAAGAGGACGCUGGAUUUUUAGUCUGCUCCGCCCUGUCCGUCGCCGGUUCGGUGACUUGGAGAGCGUUUUUGCAGGUAACCUCGGUGCAAGACGUACCGCCCCCGGUCGUAGACAUCGGUCCCACCAAUCAGACACUGGCCACUAGGUCGACGGCUACUUUGCCUUGCCAGGCAUCCGGUAUCCCGUUGCCCACGAUCAAAUGGUACAGGAACGGCAACUAUUUGUCCCCGGACGAUCCCAGGGUGACUAUCACUUCGUCGGGCACGUUGCAGAUUGACGAACUCGAAGUAUCCGACUCCGGUCUUUACACUUGCACCGCGUCGUCCGAGAGCGGCGAAACGUCGUGGUCGGCAUCGCUAAGCGUGGAAGAAUCUCCUGGGUCCCGUCUCCACCGGGCGCCGGACCCUGCCAUGUUCCCGGCUCCUCCUUCGGUGCCGACCAUACUCAACGUCACUCUGAACUCGGUGACCGUCACGUGGAAACCGCCUGCUCCGCAUCUAGGGGCCUCUCCCAUCAUAGGCUACACCCUGGAGUAUUACAGUUCGGACUUGCAGACCGGAUGGGUAGUAGCCGCGCACCGGAUAUCCACCAACACAAUGGAGGUGGAAAAUCUCAAACCGGACACCUCUUACGUGUUCAUGGUCAGAGCCGAGAACUCGCACGGUCUGAGCGUGCCCAGUGCGCUGUCGGCCGUCGUGAAAACCGGAGGAUCCAACACGGUCAUCUCGCAACAGUCGCUGGACGAAGCCAGAGAGAGGCUCGGCACCAAAGUGAUCGACUUCAAGGAAUUGUUUCCCAUAUCGCCGACGUCGGUGCGGAUCAUGUGGGAGGUUCUGAGUAGUCCGGAAUGGGUGGAAGGCGUGUACGUGCGGUUCCGAGAGCUGUCGGGCGGCUCGCAGACUUACAACAUGAUAACCGUGAUGAUGAACAACGGCGAACCCAAGUCGUACACUCUGGCCAACCUGCGAAAGUUUACCAAAUACGAUUUCUUCUUGGUGCCUUUCUACAAGACGGUCGAAGGACAACCGUCCAACUCGAUGGUCGUCCAAACCCACGAAGACGUUCCUUCGGCUGCCCCGGAAGACGUGCAAGCCGGCAUGGUCAACGCUACUUCGGCGUUCAUCAAAUGGUCGGCACCGCCGCCGCAGCACAUCAACGGCAACCUUUUGGGUUACAAGAUUCAAGUGAAGAACAACAACGCCACUAAGCCCAUGGUCCAGGAGCUGCUGAACGCCUCUGCCACGUACAUCGUGUUAAACCUGACCGUCGGCGGCAGUUUCACGGCCAGAGUGCAGGCUUACACCCGGAGCGGAUACGGACCUUACAGCGCGCCCGUUCCUAUCAUCAUGGAUCCGGCGUAUCCGGCCAGGGCUUACUCGAACGCGGGCGCCGGCGAGGCUUGGAUAAUCGUACUGUUGGCCGUGCUGGUGGUCAUGCUGGCGUUGGUGGUCAUCACGGUGGUGUACUUGAAGCGGAAACAGAACGCCGGCAAACAGCUCGGACACUUCAACGUGCCCGUGGUCAGUGGAGACUUGUCGCAGCUGAGCAUGUUGAGCGGCGGCAAAGAGGCGCUGUGGAUCGACCGGGGUUGGCGAAACGCCGAAAAGGAUCCGGAAUCGAAGCUGCUGAACGGCGGCAUUGGCCGUGCAAACGAACCCUGCGCCGAUUACGCGGAAGUCGAUACCAGGAACCUGUCGACCUUCUACAACCCCCGCAAAGACCUGGUGUCCAACCCCACGCCGUACGCCACCACCACGUUGCUGAACCGGGGAGACGACUGCAACGAGUCCACGCAUUUGUUCGGAGCCGCCAGCAGUUCGUCCGAAACGAAAACGUUGAGCUCAAACGGUUCGUGUCACGAACGCUGCCACGAUCAAAACAUAAUAUCGUCCAACCAUUAUCUCGACGACAACACCGAGUUCAACAAUCACAAGAGGAAACCGCCCGUCUAUCCGAUCAAUCAGCCGCCGCCGCCAAACUGGAACGAGUUCCUACCGCCGCCACCGCAACACCCGCCCUCGGACGUGAUCAGGAAGACUUCACAGUCGAACGGCGGAAGUCCGCAAGCCGGCCGUCGCAUGCACACCGGAAGUUUCUCUAAACCGUCGCACAUGCAGACCAGCAAAUCCUUGGCCGGCAGCUGUAACGGUUACACUCCGGCGUGGAUAUACACCGGCCAGGGCAACGAACACCGGUUCAACCCGCCGCCAUCCACACAACCGCCUCCGGUGCCGGGAUCGUCUCAUCCGUCCGUGUGCCAGGGACCGGACCGAGCCAACAAGUACGGCUCCAAGAACCGCAUGCAAUCCGACUACGACUACGAAAGCGCUUCGCUCCUUUACGGCCACGCCAACCCCGUGUCUUGUGCGGUCGGCGGCAACAAACGAUCUCUGGACGACAUGAACACUUGCUGUUCGGAAGGCAACAGCAUCGACCGUUGCGUUCAGUCGGCAAUGCCCGGACUAGCGUUCAAACACCGUUCCGAACAAUGGCGAGGAAACCGCGGAUGGUGCGACGACGACAACGGCGGUGCCGACGACAAGGGCAGUUGCAGCAGCGGUUGUUCUUGUAGCGAAUCGUCUUGCCUGUACGCCGAAGCCGACGUUCAGUGCGUCGGGGCAAGAAACUGAUUACUAUUGUAAAAACACUAUUUUCUUCGAAUCUUAAUUUUGUAUAUAUUUCGUAAUAAUUUAUUUAUAUUUAUAUAUAUGUAUAAUAUUACGUUAUUAUUGGUUGGGUAGGCGAUCUUGCCAUCAAACGUCUACUAUUUUUAUUUUUUAACCGUCUUCACUAGAUUAGAGUUAAAAAAAAAAAUCAAAUCAAAAAUUACAUGUUACGGUUUAACCUUUUGAGCAAAUAAUUAUCGACCUGUCGUCGUGUAUACUUAUUUUAAAUACAAAUUUUUGAUCACGUUAGACGCCGUGUUGUAAAUACAGCCAUCGUUGUUAUUUAAUUUUGUACUAGGUAUUUUUUUUUUUUAACGAUAAAGUUCCUUUGUUUUUGUUUUAUUUUUACGACAUUGUUGUGAUAGAUUUUCUAUAAAUUAUUUAUUUAAAAAUACUAGAUUGUUUUACGCUUUGUUGAACGCUCAGCAUCACAUAGUAAUUAUUAUUAUUAUUAUUAUUAUUAUUAUUGAUAUGGUAGUAAGACGGUUUUUAUUUGUCGAGUCGUCAGUUUUGGAUGAUAAUUUUGAAUUUAGACAGUUUUUAACAAUUUUUAUUUUUAUUACACGCAAUAAUAGAAACAGUUUUUUUUUUUUUGUUAAUAAUAAUAUUGAAAUAUUAUGACCGACAAUCGAUUCUCCGCUUUGGCAGUAUAAUAUAUUAUAAUAAGGCAACGUAAUUGUAUGGUUUACGGUUAAAUUUUUACAGUAUAAUUCGCAAGUAAUAAUAAUAAUUACACCUACCUAUUUUAUUAUUAAAACUGUGUGUCGUACGAUUAUUAUCAACUUCGGUUUUAUUAAAAAAAUAUUGAUCUUUUGUACAUGCCGUUAAAUUAUCGAUGUAUAUACAAACUUAUAUAUAUAUGUAUCUAAAUGUGUUUUGUUUAAACCCACAAUAUUGUAAUCAUUUUUUUUUUUUUUUUUACUGUGAUAAUUUUUAACCUAUUAACUAAUUAAGUAAAUUUUUUGUACAUUUAAAAAUAUCAGAACUGAUUACCCGAUCAUAAGCGAACAAUAUACGAUGUUUUUUUCAUUAUUAUUAUUAUUAUUAUUAUUAUUACUG